AUGAGUUUAAGUAGAACUGUAUCAUCUGAUCGUAGUAUGUCAAUUGAUGAUGAUAUUAAAUCUAAAAAAAAUGAUAUUAAAGAUAAUAAAAGAAUAUAUCAAAAUAGUAAUAGAAAUAGAAAGACUAGUAGGAGUAGAAGUAAUAGUAUUAGGGAUAGGAGAAUCAGAACUAGAAAUGUUAGUAUGAGUAGUAGUAUAAGUAGUCGUAGUAAUACAGAAUCAUAUGAAAGAUAUAAAAAUUAUAAAAAUUUCAAGAGAAAAUAUUCUUCAACUAAAAGUAGUUCCAUAUUCUCAAGUAGAAGCAGGAGUAGGAGUAGAAGUGAUAGUAAUAGGUAUAGAAGAGUUAGAAGUAAUAGUGUUAGGGAUAGGAGAAGUAGAAGUAGAAGUAUUAGAAGAUAUAGAAGAAGUUAUUCUAGAAAUAAAUCAAAUUAUCGCAGAUCAUUUGAUCGCAAAUUUAUUAAUCGUAGAGAUACCAGAGAUAUCUAUAGAGAUACUCGAGAUUAUGACCAUGACAAUUUCAGAGACUCUAGAGAAGUAAGGGAUAUGAGAGAUCCUCUUAGAGGUAGGGAUAUAAGAGAAACUCCUAGAGAUACUCGGGACGCUAGGGACUUUAGGGACUUUAGAGAUAUGAAAGAUAUAAGAGAUAUACGUAGAAUAAGAGAUAUACCAAAAUUACAAGAAAAUAAUCAUAAAAUUAAUGGUAGAAGAAAAGAUAAAAUUGAUAGGAAAUAUAAUACACCAUUUCUAUUACCCGUCCAAACUCCAAGUGAAGAUGAUUCUACACAGGAAUUACAUGUUUAUGUUUGGCUUGAUUCUACACUUCGUGAUUUAGUUAAUUUAAUUAAAGAUAUUUCUCCACCAACUAGAAAACAAAAUAAUACAUGGACAUUUUCUACUCCUAUAGGAAAUGGAAUGGAAUGGAGAGCACGUUAUUGUGAAUUGGAUUUAAAGAAGGCGAAACAUUUUUCUUGUAAUCGUUACGGUCAUAAUCGUUCAUAUUUCUUAUCAACUUUAUAUUUAACUUCAAUAAAAUUAUUUCAACAUCCUUUAUCAACUGAUGAUAUAUUAUUUUGGUACAAUGUCAUUAAAGACUUUAAAAGUCUUGAUGAUAUACCACAAAAGGUACCAAUUAAACCAAUAACACGUACAACAAAUUAUAAUAUCAGUAGUAUAAAAAAAUUGUUGCCAGAUAUUAAAUCAAAACUUAAAUUAUUAGAAGAAUCCAACAUAUCAAUUUUUAAUGGAGUUAUUGAUAGUAUUGUAAAUAAAGAAUAUGUAAUUGGUGUUAUAUUUCCAAUACCAGAAUUAUCUAAACAAAGUAUAUCUAAUGAAUUUAAUAAUUUAUUAAGUAUAUUAAAGUAUUAUCAAUUAGAAAUUGAUAAAGGGAAAUUAAAAAUAGAAACACCAAAAGUACAAAGUAUUGAAAAAACAAUUACAUUACAAGAUUUAUUUGAUCAAGUAUUUAAUUACAAUAUAAAUAAUGCCAUUAAUGGAAUUAUUAAUCUAAAUGAUGGUAGUGGAAGUGGAAAUGAAAAUGAAUUGGAUGAAGAUAUAAUUAAAUUAAUAAAAAUAAAUAAGAAAAAAUAUAAUAAAGUAUAUAAAAUAUUAAAUAAUUUUAUACUUAAUACUGAUAAUACAAUUGAUAGUAUUAUUGGUAAUCAUGGUACUAGUAUUAAUGGUGUUAAUACUUUUGAUAACCCAUUGGUAACAGGUGAUGGAGUUACUGAUGGAGUUGGUGUGGAAGAAUCAGAUGAUCCGGACACCGUAACCGAGGAAUUAAUAAAAAUAAUUAAUAAAAAUAAUGAAAUAAUAAAAGAAAUGUCGAAUAAUUUUAAAGGAUUUCCAUAUUAUACAAGUAAUAAAGAAACAUUUAUAAAUACAUUUAAUCAUUUGUUUAAUGAUGCCAAUUCUGAUCAGACUGACAUUAAUACAUUUACUAAUCGUAGAGUCAGAUUAAUUGAUGAUGAUAUUAAUACUUUAGCACAUUAUUAUAAACAUAAUUCAUUAUAUCAUUUUUUUACAUCAUUUAAGGUAUUCCGUUACGGUGUCAUGUCCACGGACAGUAUUACACUAGAAGAAGAAGAAUAUAUAAUUGAUAAGAGUAUUGAUUUGAAUAAAAUAUGUAAUGAGAGAUUGAAUAGUUUGUUGAGGCAAACAGAACAUUUGCAAGAUAAUGAAUUGAUGAAAGUAUUAUGUACUUGUUUUGAACAAGAAUCGAAAUCUUCUAGUGAUCUUUCAUCACUUAUAAGAAUUUGUACUAUAAAUCCACAGAAUACUGGAGAAAUACUUUAUAAAUCUAACCGUUUGUAUCAAAUUACUGGUAUAUACACUGGAAAAUAUAUUGAUGUCAUUUAUAAAUAUGGAAAAAUCAUACCCAAAUCUUCACUCAAAUUCUAUACCAAUCAUAAUCAUGAAAUAAUAUUGAAAGGAAGUGAGAAGAUGGAUGUGAAUAUAGAAAUGAUAGAGCGUAUAUUUAAUAAGAAUUAUAAUCAAUCGGAGAAUGUAGAAUUGAUAAUGGAUAAUUUGAAAUAUAUAGAUGAGAAAUUAAAAAGAUUAAUUAAAGAAAAUGAGAAUAUGCAUAAAGCGAUUUAUAUGUAUAUUAAUUCAUCAGAAAGAGAUUUAAAUUCUAAAAAUUAUUUAGAAGAACUUGUAAAUUUAGAAACUUUAAAUAUAAUAAUAGAAACAUUAAUGCAAACGAAAUUAAAAUUAAUAAAUCAAGUUUAUAAUUAUUAUAAUUCACAAGUUAACUUUAUUGAAAAUAUUAUACCCAAAAAAUACUUUCAAACCUUUAAAGAAAUUUUCUAUCAUAAAUAUGAACAAUUUUAA